AUGUCAACUUGGUUCCCGAAGCUCAGUGAUUGGUCGACAGUUGACCUUCUGAUUGGUAUUGACAACAGCAGCCUGCAUGUAUCGCUAGAAGAAGUCAUCGGUGGUCCAGGUGAGCCAAGUGCCCGGAGAACACCACUCGGCUGGACAUGUGUGGGUCCUAUCAGUCAAACGGCAGGAGACUCCCGGGUAUCGGCCAGCGUGCACCAUUGUCUGAUGACUCAGUCAGACGCCGACCUCACUCAGCUGGUGAGGAAGUUCUGGGAAGUGGACAGUCAGCCCGCGGCAGAUGGAGCGGCACUUCUAACCCCAGAUGAGCGACAUGCACAGGAGACGGUCGCAAAGUCGAUGAAGCAUAUUGGAAGCCAAUACAGUGUUGGCAUUCCAUGGAAGGAUCACCCGCCUGGAGCUAAUGCUAGCUACCACACUGCUCUGAAGCGUUUGGCCAACACAGAGCAGCGGCUGAGGCGAGACGCAACAGUCGGAGAAGUCUACGCCGCUACGGUAGCGGAACACAUCAGCCAGGGCUAUGUGCGCCGGGUUGACGCCGCAGACGUCAACGACGGAAACGCAUGGUACUUGCCCCACUUCCCGAUAGUCAAGCCGGACAAGACUACAACAAAAGUACGCAUCGUGUUCGACGCCGCAGCGAAGUCGAACGGCAAGUCAUUGAACGACUUCAUCUUGCCCGGCCCCAAAUUACAGCAAGACCUGGUGAAUGUACUGGUUGGUUUCCGUCGUGAGCCGAUAGCACUGGUCUGCGAUAUUGCCCAGAUGUACCUCCGUAUCAGCCUAAAUCCAGACGACCGGCGCUACCAUCGAUUUCUGUGGCGCACAGACCCAAGUAAGCCACCAGAAGUGUACGAAUUCUGCAGCGUGGUGUUCGGAGUCAAUGCUUCGCCAUUCCUAGCGCAGUGCGUGUCGCAGCAGCAUGCCAGAUCGCUCAGCUCAGAGAUGCCGCAAGCCGCUAGUGUCGUGCUGGACUCCACAUACAUGGAUGAUAGCAUGACGUCAGCACCUGAUGUUCCAGCAGCCAAGUCCUUAUACGCGGAUUUGUCGGCUCUCUGGGGCCAAGCGAAUAUGCACGCGCGGAAGUGGCUCUCUAACUCGGCGGAGGUUCUGGCUGAGAUCCCACAAGCGGAUCGGGCAAGUCAACUCGAGCUCACGGACGAACAGCUGCCGGACAUCAAGACGCUCGGCGUCCUCUGGCAGGUCGAGAUCGACAUGUUUACAUUUCAGUACAAGGUGCCAGAUUUUGCACGUCUGACGAAGUGGCAAUUUCUGCGUAUUCUGGCAACCAUAUUUGAUCCGCUCGGCUUUCUAGCCCCGUACAUCGUCCGAGCCAAAGUCCUGUUCCAAUCCAUGUGGAUCGAAGGCUUCGAUUGGGAUGCAGACUUGCCAGAUGAUCUCGUCAGUGCAGCUGAAGUGUGGUGCGCCGAGCUACCGGAUUUGAAAAGAGUUCAAAUUCCGAGGUGCCUGCGACAAUCAGCAGCGACAACAGCAACUAGCAGCUUGGAAGUGUUUGUGGAUGCCUCCGAAAAGGCGUUCGGCGCAGUCGUCUACAUCCGGCAGCAGUUCAACGAUGGCAGCGACUCAAUGCGUCUCGUCGCGUCGAAGAUGAAAGUCGCCCCGCUUGCUGUCCACAGUAUUCCUAGGGUGGAAUUGAUGGCCGCAGUUCUGGGUUUGCAGCUAGUGAAGUCUCUUCUACCUCCGCUUGAUCUCACGAUGAGUACUGUCACGUUCUGGUCUGACAGUGCUGAUGUCCUCUACUGGAUUCGUGGACAGAGCCGAAAGUACAAGCCGUUCGUUGCCCACAGAGUCGGCACGAUUCAGACAGCGAGUGAUCCUGACCAGUGGAAGCAUGUAGCUACUAGCCGCAACCCAGCCGACCUGUUGACGCAUGGUAUGUCUGCAAGUCAGCUCGCAGAUUCCCAGUUCUGGUGGUGUGGUCCAGACAUGUCCGGGUUACACACACCGUUCCCAGGAAAGGCAUUGUCAGCAACAGCGGCGGCAGAGCUGAAGAAGCCUGCAGUUGAGAUAGCUCAUUUCAGUUAUCUGGCGAUCGCCGCCUUACCCGCAUUAGAUCCAGAGCGCUACAGCAGCCUCCUCAAGCUGGCCCGGGUCAUUGCCUGGAUCAAUCACUUCUCCAGCAACGCAAGACGCCUGAACACUGAGCAAGUGUCAGGUCCCCUGUCCGUAGAUUAG